UAUAUGUAUAUAUACAUAUAUGUGAAUAUAUACGUAUACACACAGUAUAAAAUAUACUGUAAUAUACUGUAAAUAUAAUGGCAUCAAGAAUGGUGAAUCCUAUUCAUAUGGUUUUCAAUUUACUUUGCCCAGAUCCAUCAGAGGAAUCACUAUCCAUGGCAGCUAAAGCCUUACAAAACGUAUACAUUGUAAUAUAUAUACCUAUAUAUACACACAUAUACAGUGUAAAAUAUACUGUAGCCUAUUAAGUAUGCAAUAGAAUUACACCCAAAAACAAUAUAUACACCUUAAUUUUAAAAGCUUGAUUGCUAAAAAAUGCUAAAUUGCUAAAAAUGAGCCUUCAGUAAGUCUUAAUCUCUUUUUGCUGGUGGAGGGUCUUGCUUCAAUGUUGAUGGCUGCUGACUGAUCAGUUUGGUGGUUGCUGGUGGCUGGAGUGGCUGUGGCAAUUUCUUAAAAUAAGACAACAGUGAGUUUGCUGCGUCGAUGGACUUUUCCUUUCACUAAAGAUAUCUCUGUAGCAUGCACCACUGUCUGAUAGCAUUUUAUCCAUAGUAGAACUUCUUUCACAAUUGGAAUCAAUCCUCUCAACCCCUGCCACUGCUUUAUCAACUAAGGUUAUGUAAUAUUCUAAGUCCUUUGUCGUCAUUUCAGCAAUGUUCACAGCAUCCUUACCUGGAGUAUAUUUUUUCUCAAGAAGAUAAAAUAUUUACUCAUCCACAAUUUAUUUACUCAUCCACAAGAAGCAACUCCUCAUCCAUUCUUCAGGCUCCACUUCUAAUUCUGGUUCUCUUGCUAUUUCCACCACAUCUGCAGUUACUUCCUUCACUGAGGUCUUGAACCCCUCAAAGCCAUUCACGAUGUUUGGAAUCAACUUCUUUUAAAUUUCAGUUAAUGUUGAUAUCUUGACCUUUUCCCCUGAAUUAUGAAUGUUCUUAAUGGCAUCAAGAAUGGUGAAUCCUAUUCAGACAGUUUUCAAUUUACUUUGCCCAGAUCCAUCAGAGGAAUCACUAUCUAUGACAGCUAAAGCCUAAGAUUUGAAAGUUGAAAUUACUCCUUGAUCCAUGGGCUGCAGAAUGGACGUUGUUUUAGCUGGCGUGAAAACAACAUUUAUCUCCUUGUACAUCUGCAUCAGAGCCUUUGGGUGACUAGGUGCAUAGUCAAUGAGCAGUAAUAUUUUGAAAGGAAUCAUUUCUUCUGAGCAGUAAGUCUCAACAGUGGGCUUAAAAUAUUCAGUAAACCAUUCUUAAACAGAUAUGCUAUUAUCCAGGUUUUGUUUUUCCAUUUUUAGAGCAUAGGCAGAGUAGAUUGAGCAUAAUUCUUAAGGGCCGUAGGAUUUUUGGAAUGGUAAAUAAGCACUGGGUUCAUCUUAAAGUCAUCAGCUGUGUUAGCCCCUAAAAAGAGAGUCAGCCUGUCCUUUGAAAUUUUGAAGCCAGGCAUUGACUUCCCCUUUCUAGCUGUGAAAGCCCUAGACGGCAUCUUCUUCCAAUAUAAGGCUAUUUCUUCUACUCUGAAAAUCUGUUGUUUAGUGUAGUCACCUUCAUCAAUUAUCUUAAUUAGAUCUUCUGAAUCACUUACUGCAGUUUCUACAUCAGCACUUGCUGCUUCAUCUUUGAACUUUUGCAUUAUGGAGAGGACUUCUUUCCUUAAACCUCAAGAACCAACCUCUGCUAGAUUCAAACUUUUCUUCUGCAGCUUCCUCUCCUCUUUCAGUCUUCAUAGAAUGAAAGAAAGGUACUGUCUUGCUCUGGAUUAGGCUUUGGCUUAAGAGAAUGUUGGGGCUGGUUUGAUCUUCUGUCCAGACCACUAAAGCUCUCUCCACAUCAGCAAUAAGACUGUUUUGCUUUCUUAUCAUUUGUGUGUUUGCUGGAGUAACACUUCUGAUUUCCUUUAAGAUAUUUUUCUUUGCAUUCACAACUUGGCUGUGAGGCACAAAAUGACUCGCUUUUGGCCUCUCUUGGCUUUUGAUAUGCCAUCCUCACUAAGCUUCAUUAUUUCUAGCUUUUGAUUUAAAAUGAGAGUCAUGUGACACUUUCUUUGACCUGAACACUUAGAAGUCAAAGUAAGGUUAUUAAUUGGCCUAAUUUCAAUAUUGUUGUGCCUCAGCAAAUAGAGAGGCCCAAGGAGAGGAAUGGCCAGCCAGGGGAGCAGCCAGAACACACACAACAUUUAUCAAUUAGGUUGGCCAUCUUACAUGGAUGCAGCUCAGGACGCCUCAAAACAAUGACGAUAGGAAUAUCCAAGAUCACUGAUCACAGAUCAUGUGACAGACAGACACAAAAUGUGCACAUGCUGUUGGAAAACUGGCACCGAAAGACUUGUUCAAGGCAGGGUGGCCACAAAUCUUCAAUUUGUAAAAAAUACAGGAUCUGUGAAGCACAAUAAAGUGAAGCAUAGCAAAAUGAAGUGUGCCUGUAUUUAGCUUUGAAGUGCACUGUGUAGAUCAGAUUCCAACUUAAUAGAAGUAUUUAUUGAGCCUACUAUGCACAGAGUUCUGGGAGUACAGAAGAACAUAAUCCUUGCCCUUAAAGAGAUUAUGCUCAAUCUCAUUCACUUGAAGUCAACUCAAUGUUUAUUGAGUUCCUGUCUUGGGCUCAGUGGGGAUGGGAUAAAGAAGAAAAGAGGAUGAGUUAGCCAGCCUCUGCCCCGCAAGGUAUCACAGCCUGUUAAGGAAGUGGGCUGUAGACAAAAAUGACUCUAAGUCUGGCCAUAGUAGCAGCUUUAAUAGAAACUCAAACAGCAUCUCAACAUGAAUCCUUCACGAAUUUGCACAUUUGCUUAGGCUGAUAUUUAAAUUAUUUUCCUUUCCCUGUGCACGUGCCAAUAGCCAGUAGAGACGACAGCCCAGGUGCUCCCCAAGCUGACUGGGGGGAUAGGGGUGGGGGCGGGAGAGAGGAUGAUGCUGGAAGAAUCAGAUUGAGGUGAACACAAGGCUGUAGAUACUCCACCAAGUGGACAAUCAAGAGUCAACCCUGAAACCACCUCUCCCUCUGACCUGGCAGCUUUCUCAUGACCAUUCUUCUCUCUUCUUCCGUCUUUGUCCCUUCCGUGUGCCCCCUCCUCCAACACCCUCACCCGCUUCUCCCCGCCUCUGUCUGUCUGUCCCUCCCUGCCUGGCUCAUGCCGAGGGCAGGCACCUCUGUCAGCCUCCUCGCAGUUGUAGUUAUUGUGUGUGGCGUGGCCCUGGUGGCAGUUUUUCUCUUUCUCUUUUGGAAGCUGUGCUGGAUGCCCUGGAGGAACAAGGAGGCCUCCAGUCCCUCUUCUGCUAAUCCCCCCUUGGAAGCCCUCCAGAGCCCCAGCUUCAGAGGCAACAUGGCGGACAAGCUGAAGGACCCCAGCACCCUGGGCUUCCUGGAGGCGGCCGUGAAGAUCAGCCACACGUCCCCAGAUAUCCCAGCUGAGGUGCAGAUGUCGGUCAAGGAGCACAUCAUGCGUCACACGCGGCUGCAGCGGCAAACUACAGAGCCAGCGUCAUCCACCAGGCACACAUCCUUCAAGCGCCACCUGCCAAGGCAGAUGCAUGUCUCCAGUGUAGACUAUGGCAAUGAGCUUCCACCAGCAGCAGAGCAGCCCACCAGCAUUGGCCGCAUCAAGCCUGAGCUCUACAAGCAGAAGUCGGUGGAUGGGGAGGAUGCCAAGUCUGAGGCCACCAAGAGCUGCGGGAAGAUCAACUUCAGCCUACGCUACGAUUACGAGACCGAGACCCUGAUUGUGCAUAUCCUGAAGGCUUUUGACCUCCCUGCCAAGGACUUUUGUGGAAGCUCUGACCCUUAUGUCAAGAUCUACCUCCUGCCUGACCGCAAAUGCAAGCUGCAGACCCGGGUGCACCGCAAGACCCUGAACCCCACCUUUGAUGAGAACUUCCACUUCCCUGUGCCCUACGAGGAGCUGGCUGACCGCAAGCUGCAUCUCAGUGUCUUCGACUUUGACCGCUUCUCCCGCCAUGACAUGAUUGGUGAGGUCAUCCUGGACAACCUCUUUGAGGCCUCUGACCUGUCUCGGGAAACCUCCAUCUGGAAGGAUAUCCAAUAUGCCACAAGUCUGGACUGGGGACUCUACUCCACCUUGUUACCUGGGGACCCAAGCCAACAGAGGCUGCAUUUAGACACGGGCCCCCACAGUUAAACAUCAGGAGGAAGAGGAAGUGGCAAAUCAUGCACUGUUUAUUAAAACUUCCACGCAGAAGUGACACAUGUCACUUCCACUCCCAUUAGAACAAGACACGUGGUAACUCCUAAUAUCAAGGGAGAAGGGGCAAAGUAAUCCUACCGAGUGCCCAGAAGGAGAGCUGGACAUAUGUAAUGAACAGCACGAAUGACGACACACAGCAGAGUCCCUUUGCUUGGGCAUUGUUUUCCCAGUCAGGUACGGGAGAUGGGGGAGGCCAGCCCAAAAGGAGACCUGACUAACCCCUACACAGGAAGUGGGUGCUGUGCUGUUUGCAACCAGCUGGAAUUAACCAGGGAAGGUUUCAAGGAGCUGGGGCUCAAGUUGGCUUUUAAGAGAAGGGAGCACAGGUUUGGCACAGAGAACUGGAGAGGACACAUCUGGAGCCCUUCGGUCUGGCAUAGCCCUUCGCUCCAGUCCCCUGGGUUGAGGAAGCUGUGUAGCUGCAUCCUGCAGGUAUAGCUAGUGUCCUCUCUCUAAGCACCCCCAGGCAGCUGAAAGCUCAGUGGGGGCGUUCCCUCCAAGCUCCAGUGGCCUUGCAUCUGCUGUCUUGAGUGCUAACAGGUUGAGCGGCAACCUGGAUAUUUCCUCCACUAUAUCCCUGAGGAGGGGCAACCCCACUCUGUCUGCAGACUCCCGCUUGGAUAGUCAAUACUCAAUAUCUCUGUGUUGAGCCUGUGAAGAGAGGGGCUGGGAAAAUCAGCCCUGCUCUGGUGUGCAAAGGGUAUAAAUCUUGAUUUGUUCAAAGAGAGAAAGCUUAGUGGGCUCUGCUUACGCCCCAGGAAGGGUCUGGGGGACACCCUAUUCUCAUAGCUUGUGCUGACUUUGACCAGUCCAGCCCAAUGGCUCAGUACCUCCCCCACCUUUGCUUUCCUGAAAUGUCAUCCCUAAGAAGAACAUAAGUAGCUGGCUGGCCAGCAGGCAGACGGGGUGGGCAGACAGGGCGGAUUGGAACAGCAGCUCUGUGGCAGCCCCAGGCCCGAGUGCUCCACUCCAUAAAUCACUCUGAAGUUUACAUUUGGUGCAGCUCUUCCCUGUGGUCUCCUUAGGCUGUGGCUUCAUUAUGAUAACUGGACAGGUAGAGAAAAGCAGCUCAGUCCUCCUCACAGUGAGGUUGCCACCCAGGGAGAGGGGUGAGGGCCAGGGGCUGCAGGAAGCAGAGCUCAGCCCAGCCCUUCUAGGAGCCUCCUUUGCUCCUUGCCAGAGCCCACCAUCUGGUGUCUUUGGCUCCAGGCAUGAAUGGAAGCCUCAUGCCUGGGGCAGGCAGUCUGUGCCCAAGCACACUCCUCACCUGGAUGCACCUUUCCAUAUCCGAGAACCCCGUGGCUGUCCUGCCCUUGUCCCAUCCCCACUUCCCCCGCCUGGCUUCUGAAAAGGGCAGAUCAACCAAAGAGCAUAGGACAAAUCACCAUCAUCCUCAUCAUCCUCAGCUAGUAUCAUUAUAGCCCUCCUCCAUCUCCUCCUCCUAAGAACACUGUGCCAGGCAUGGGGUUGAGGGUGGGGCUGGGGUAGAAAACAGCUUCUUUGACCCACAGAAACUUGUCAUGUAAUUACAGAGACAGGAAAAGUCCAUGCAGUAGCUGGUAGUGCAAAGCAGCAAAUACGAUCCUCUGUGUAUGGUUGCAGGAUCCUUAGAGUUAGGACAGCUGGUGAAGGUCUCCUUGAUGAGGAGAACUAAAUCAGGUGGGGAAGGACGGUUAUAAAUAACUCGACAGGACAAGAGGAAGGGGGAGCAUUCCAGCCAGUUGCAGAGGGAGUCCAGUUGCAGGAGUUUCCCAAGCUGCAGAGCCCCACCCAUGCUCAGACAGCCUGUCUUACCGUUUGUCUGAGCUGGAUGUUCCUUCUCAAGUGAGUCCCCUGCCACCCUCCAACCCACAGCCCCACCAGCAGGUAGAGUUCUCAGGAGCAGGCUCAUUACCCUGCCAGGUAAGGACUCAAGCAAAAGAGGGGGAAGAGGUGCAAGAAGGCUGAUGCUUGUACCUGUAUGUGGUGCUGUCAAAUUUUAAUUAUUUGGGGGCCAAGGAGACCCAAGUCAUCACAGUCACCAGGAAUGACAGAGCACUGAGUGUAUAUGAAUUCCUAUACCAGCACAAUGGGGGACAGUACUGAUGAGCUGAGCGCAGCCAACAGCCAGCUCCCAUCUCUCCCAUGUGUCUGAUUCCAUUCCCAGAGCUGCCCUUUGGACCGGAGCUCAGGAAUGCGGCAGCUUCUGAAAAACACCUGACAUUUCUGCCUCUUGCCUUUGCCAACAAGGUUCUCCAUGUCAGGCAGAUCUGUUCCCACCUCUCUGCCUGGUGCAAACCAAUCCACCUUUCAGAGCCUACCUGCCGUCAUCCUCCAUGUGGCCUCCUGGUCUCACAGCAGCUGCCUCUCCCGUGUGUACUCUGUAUCCCCGAGUUAUAUCCUGAGUCAUAUUCUAUCUUGUAAAGUCCUCCCAAUGGCUCAGGAGUGGCUUGUGACCCACAUUUGACUUUCUCUUGUAUUUCCCUCAGGGCUGAGUGUAAGAACCCAGUACUUUCUUGUUAAAUGACCAGUGGCUUACUUAAUUCAAUUAAAACUAUAUAUGGGUACCCAAGGAAAAGACUAUUAAAGAAGCAGUUGGAAUUGAAUGGAGUUAACCUAGGAAGGCUUCUUGGAGGAGAAGCAGCUCAAGUAGUAUUUAGAAAAUGGCUUAGAGCCAGGCUUGGUGGGGAGAGACCCAGCCUGUGCAUGCGUUCAGAGGUGAAUGGGAUGGUUUGUGUCUGGGGUAACCAGCCAGAUCAGGUAGUCUGGACCAAAGCAGAGAGCCUGUGACCCGCAUGCUGAGCAGAAGGAAAGGCACCGUGAGAAAGGGGACUUGGAGGCUGCUCUGUGCUCACCAAAGUGAUGUGAAUGCUGCCUGUGUUGCUCCUUGAGUUUGUGCAGGACAGUCGGAUUCGGCCCUGGCAGGUGGCACCAGGCAGGUCCCUUGUUCCCACCCCCACCCUGGUGCUUGACUUGAAGUACCAAAGCCUGAAACAUUUGCAUUGUUUUCUCACAGCCACAGAACCCUGAGCUCAAGGCUAGUGGAGGGGAGGUACACAUCCGAGGAGUCUAGCUAGCUCUUUGUUAAUUGCAAAUCUUAAGCCUCAAGGGACACUCACCUCCCCAGCCCAGAUUGUUCCAGAGGGAAGUCUGGGCAGCACAGCAGCUAAUAUGCCCCACUGGCUGGAGAGCCAGAGCAAACCAGGCCUGCAGGGCAGUCAGAGGCCUCGUGCAUUGCAUGGAAUUAAGAAACUCAGGCCUGGGAUGGAAAUUUUGGGAGUUCACUGCACCCAUUCCAGCCCUGGGAAGCACUGCCCUGCUGUUUCCCCCAUCUCUUCUUCUGCCUGGCUUGCCCAAGGGCCCCUGAUAGUCUCCUGGGCAUUCCCAGAGGUUUGCCACUGUCUCUCCAACCAGAGCUUCAACUGGCUAAAAUCACCAUGCUCUUCCCUCCUAGCGUCUUCUGCCCCCAGUCUCAUUAUUUCUAAAUAAAGCUGUAGAUUUAUCAUUAUAAUAGAGCUGCCGUCACCCGGGUUUGCUAACAUCUCUAAUCUUGUAGUUAUUGCUUCAGAGGACUCAGACCCCACCGCACGCAACUAUUCCUGUCGCUAUUCCCUCUCCUUCACUGUGGCAGGAGACGAAGGCUGUAAUUGGGUCCAUAAAUAUGUGCUGUGCUUGGUCAUGCUAAUGGAUUCGGCCAUCUUCCUGCCUUACCAGGUCCCUACUAGUUUAGAGUAUGCGUGUGUGUGUGUGCAUGUGUGUUGUUUUUGCACUAGGAUAGAGUGUGUGUGUGUGCAUGCAUGUGUAUGUGCAUGGGCGUGCAUUUGUGUGUGUGUGUGUUUUAGGGGUGAUGAAGUGUUCCAUAUACUUCCAGAGAGCCUGGACUGAGGGUAUGCAGGGAGGAAGGGAGGCCUUAAAUGGUAGAAUAGCCUCUGGCCUGGAAAUGAGCAGAGUUGUGCAGAAGGAAUGCAGGCUUUAUUGUCAACCCAACCUGAAUUGCAUUCUUGCUUCCUUACUUUCUAGCUUCAAAACCUUGGGACAUUAUCUAAACUGUGCCUCAGGUUUGACAUCAGCAAGAUGGGGAUUAAUAAUGGCUUCUAGUCCUAUUGUUAUUAUAUGUAGUAAAUGAAACAGAGUACACAGCCACCCAGGACAGCACUGUCACAGAGCAGCUUGCUGAGCCCUAUUCCUUUGGUGCCCUUCCUGCUGGCUUAGCCCAUGUGUCACUUCUGUACCACUCCCAGGCCUGACCUUCCCCUUCAGUCCAGGUCACCUGUUCUGACUGGUUGUUGGAUAUUAUUAUUCAUUUUUUAUUUCUUGUCUUGGCUAUGCCAUGUGUUUUCUGUGUGACCUUGAAAAAGUGACUUUCCAUCUCUGGGCUGCAUUUUCCUCAGUAUUAAACCAUCUCUAGAAUCCUGUAAUUCUCAGCUUCUCCCAUAGAGAAGUUCUUGGCUCUCAUGCUUUCACAGAACAGAGCUACCCAUUCUCCAGGAGUGUGGUCUCCAUAGCAGAGGCCGAAACCCCACAGUGAUAAGCCACUGGGCAGAAUUUCCAGACAUCCCCACUCUUUCCUUAAAUGUCAGUAAGAGUCAGGCCUCUCUUCAAGCCCGUGGGGAAUGUCCUCUAGGAGGUUUCUGCCACAGGGGAGGCCCCAUCAACAACCCUUCCUCCUCUUUUUCCCAUGAGCCACAUUCCUAUGCCGGCACUCAGCUCCCUCCCUUCCAUCUCCUUUCUGAUCCCCAUUUACUGGGAUGCGCCGGUCAUUACUUAUUGAGCUCCUGCUAGCUACCAAGGGCAUAACCUGCUUUGCCAUGUUUCAUCCUCACCACAACACUUAUGGUCAUCCCCUAUAUGUAAAUAAACAAAAGAAGGUUUGAGGUUAGGUGACUUACCCAUUGUCACCCAAACAGAAAUAAUAAAGCCAAGAUUUGAACUCAUGAUCCUUGCACCGCCAGAGGGAAGCAUGGUUACAUUGUUUCUUGGGACAGAAAAUAAACACUGAAAUUGUGCAGCUCAUCAGGGGAUCCAGAAGAGUGUUUUGUUCUGUUUUUUCUUUGUAGACUGGUUAGGUUCUCUCACUCAUCUCAAAAUCUGGUCAUUUCCGGGAGUGGGUUUGGUGCUGACAUUGGAUUCCUUUACCCUUUCCCCCAUUUCCUUUCUGUGAGCAGUGGGUUUGACAUUGUUUAUUUUUAGUUUAAUAGCUAUUCAUUGAAUGCUGACUAUGUGCCGGUCAGUGCAUCAUUGGGCGCUUGUUGAAUGCAGAGCCAUGGGCUGGGCUAUGGAAAGGAAGGUAAAGCAAGAGCCCUCCAUAUCAGGGUGCCCAGGCUGACAAGGACUGUAGGAGAUGCCCUGUGCCCCCAAGUCCCCAAGCCCCUCAUACACAAGGCACACACCUGGGGACAGACCAGUUCAGGAUGCUUACAACACAAUUAUGCAAGCUGCUGCACUGCAAGAGAUGUGCAGAGGUGUUAGGAGACAUGAAGAAAAGAAAUCAGAGUCAGAUGAGAUUGCUCUAGAAAAGCUGCUUCUAGAAAAGAAAAGUUUUAGGCCAGGCUAUGUUGAUGACAGUGAAGGACAGAGCAUGAUAAAAGAGGAAGUCAGAGGAGGGCGAGUAUAUUCCUCUGUUCUCUUUGGACUUGGGGAAGGAUCUAGAGAGAAUUUCUCUCACAUAAGAUUGGGUUUCUUUUCUUUGUAUAAUAACUACUUGCAGAGUAAUUACUAUGUACCAGGCACCAGGCUGGGAAUAUGACUUCAACUCCAGUCCUGCCCUCAAGACCUCUCAGUCUGAUGGGGGAGGCAGGAAACCAGUUUUGUUGUCUUGGGGACAUGCAGGUCCCUCACUGGCCCAGCAUGUUGGGGGAAGGCAGGCCUCCUGAAAUGAAAUUGCUUGCUUGCCUGAAAAAAAUUUCAGUUGCAUCCUCUUCUCACGCCCACACACUCAAGUCGAAUGAGAUCCCAGAGUGGCCACAAAAGGCUUUUUCAAGUAGAGCCAAAGAAUCAGCUAAUUGAUCCACUGUGACUCAUUAAAUCACCCGGGGGUGAAGCCUCCCAAAGCCUCAUUGACUAGCAGUUUGAUGCAAUGCCUUCAAAGUGUCCAUCUUGGAUCUCAGGUUUCUAGGUCUGUCCUGGGCAGGAGUAAGAGGUAAGCAUAUUGAAUCUUCAUCCACUAAGCAGGUCUUCAACGAGCCCUCAAAGAACAUACUUGGGUCCUAGAACAACUAACUGGGUAUUGAAGGGGCAAACAUAGUCCUUGCUUUCAAGGAAUUCACAGUUGAACAGAGGUUUCGGAGCAAGUAAAAAGCUAAUGAAAGGAACACAAUUAUUUGCAUUACAUUAAAAGAAAAAAGGGGAGAUAGAGGUGAGUAUUGAAGCGAGGAGAGUGAGUGAGUGGGAUGAGGGAUACAGAUGGCAGAAGGAGAAUUCAGGAACAAGAACCAAGCUUUGGGGAACGCCCACAGCCAGGAUGAAGGAGAAAGAGGGUCAGGCAGCAAAGAGCACCUAGCAGGAGCAGAUCAAGAGAAAGGGAACAGAGGAAGUCAAAGGAGGAAUCACUCGGGAAUUAUUCAUUCAGCAAUGACCUGUUUGAGCAUCUGCUAAGUGCCAGGCGUGGUCCUAGAUGCUGAGGAUGAGGCAGUCAACAAAAUCCCUGCUCUUGUGGAGCUUAUGCUCUAGUGGAGGAAGGCAAAUGACUAAGAUAAAUAGUAUGUCUGAGAGUCAUAAAUGGCAUGGAGAAGAUGAAGCAGGGAAGCGUG